AUGAGGCCUCGAUCUCUUCAAUGUGUCACUGGGGGACACAUCAGCAAGGAUGAAUUUGAGUCCCUCCUCAUGCUACCAGAACUUGAUGCAUACAGCAGGCCAGAAGAGCCCCAACAGCCAUCAGACACCCAGCUGUCAGCUACUGCCACUUACUGUUCCAUACCAUCAAAUGGCCAUCAGAAGUUUGUCCUUCACCUGAUGGAAAGAAAAUACAGUCCACAUGCUGUAUCAAAAGCAGAUCAAAUUUCAACAAUACAUCAGUGUUCUGUGGCCAUCCCAUUUCUGAAGAGAUCCCUGGUUCAGUCGUCGGACAGCCCUGUCGAGUAUCGGGUGUCUCAUACUGCCUGGCUCAGGGAAGAGAGUCAUCCUGUCCUGCCAAAGAUAGUUCAACGCAUUUCAGAUGUUACUGGUUUGUACACGACUCAGGGACCUCUCAAUAACACAGCUGCUGAAGAUUUACAGGUUUUAAGUUAUGGCAUCGGAGGCCACUAUUUCGAGCACGAGGACUAUUUCUGGAAAGGAUAUGCUGAAGAAACGUGGCCUUCGUUCAGCGAGAAGUACGACCACUACCCAAGUGGUGAUCGCAUGGCAACCUGGAUGUUCUAUCUCUCAGAUGUGGAAGCCGGAGGGAGAACUGCAUUUCCAAAAGCAGGAGUUUCGGUUGUCCCCGUAAAGGGCUCUGCAGUCUUUUGGUAUAACAUAAAGAAGAAUGGAGUAGGAAACGCAAUGUCUCAACAUGGAGGGUGCCCCGUACUGCUUGGGCACAAAUGGGUGGCCAACAAAUGGAUCCGGGAGAACUGGAAUUUUCAGAGGCGUCCCUGCAGUCUGAACCCCGACGACUAAUCUGUGCAGCAAGAAAAGUGACAAGUGAAACAUUUCCAUACGAUUGGGAUCUCACACCGGAAAGAGAUUCGACGAGCCAUCAUCAUCAUCAUUGAAAAGAACUGCGUAGUGAUUGUCUAUGGUAUAAUUUCACUUUGUUCAAGAGGCAUUAAAGGAAAUUCCAUUAAAGUUUAUAUAUUCAUUACCUCUUUGGAGUUUAUUAGAGCGUUGAUAUAUACGAUUUCAGUUAGUUUCAUUUUUCAUUCAUCUAUAUUUCCCUAUUUAUGUUGUGAUCCUGAAAGGUCUGUGAUAUUAUGUUAAAGUUACUGAGUAAUCGAAGAACGGUUUAUAUUUGUUUAUUAAGAAAUUUGAUAGCAAAGCAUUUUAAGAUUCGUGUGGAAUUGGUAUCAAGCUCUUCGUGAGAUGAAGAAAACUAGUGUGCACAGGGCGUCCAAUUCGGUCUUGUUGAUUAACUGAAACACUUUGCAAUGUAGAAAUAUCGCUUAUCUUAAGAAGAUGAUGGAGUUUUGAUUAAAGCUAUCACUAUUUUGGCGUAGUAAUUAGCUUAGAACUCAUUCUUUAAUGUGGAAUAAUGUUUAAUAAUGUUUAAUGCAAAUUAUGCCUAAUCUAUUUGCUUCAAGAGUAAACAAUGAUAAGUAGAUGUUUAGCUGAAUAUUAAUUUCAUAGUCUUUUAAAAUUAAGUAGGUGACUUUUUGCUAUAUAACUUUUACACCUGAACUCUGAUAACAAUAUAGAAAAUUUUUUGAAAAAUCAUAGGAUUA